CAUGACCCGGGGUGGGCGCUUGGCCCUCCUGCUCCUGAGCCUGCUGAAGUCCGCUGGAGGGAGGCCCCAUCUGGCCCCUCCCCAGAACGUGACGUUGCUGUCCCGGAACUUCAGUGUGUACCUGACAUGGCUCCCAGGGCCUGGCAACCCCCAGAACGUAAUCUAUCUUGUGGCGUAUCAGAGCUCUGCAACAACCCCCAAACGCUGGCGAAGAGUGGAAAAGUGUACAGAAACCAAAGAGCUGACCUGCUCUCUGAUGUGCCUGAAGAAUCAGGACCUAUUCAACAAGUUCAGAGGGCGCGUGCGGGCGGCGUCUGGCAGCGCACGGUCCCCCUGGGUGGAGUCCCAGUACCUGGAGUACCUCUUUGAAGUGGAGCCAGCCCCGCCCAUCCUGAUAGUCACUCAUACAGAGGAGAUCCUGAAGGUCAAUGCCACGUACCAGCUGCCCCCCUGCAUGCCUUUAUCGAAUCUGAAGUAUGAGGUGGAUUUCUGGAAGGAGGGGAUUGAAAACAAGACCCGAUUCCCAGUCGCUCCCCAUGGCCAGCAAGUCCAGAUCCCCCUCCAGCGGAAUACCAGUGGACACCACUGCGUCAGCGCCAGAACCAUCUACACCUUCGGCGACCCUAGAUACAGCGAGUUUUCCAAGCCCACCUGCUUCUCCCUGAAGACCCCAGGAGUCAACUGGGCAUUCCUGGUGCCGCUGUCACUUCUGCCGCCGCUGCUGUUGGUUACUGCCCUGGGGGGUAUGAUCUGGAAGGGCUUCGCCAGGAACCCCUGGUUUCAGCGGGCAAAGAUGCCCCAGGCUCUGGACUUUUCUGGAUACAGACACCCCGUGGCAAGCUUUCAGCCCAGUGGCCCAGAGUGCCUGGAUGUCUUGACUCUCUGCCCCCAGAAGGAACCGACCAGAAGGGUGAGACUGACCCCUGGUGUCAGGGCCCCAGCCCAGGCAGGACCAGAGAACGACAGUGCUGAGGAGGAAGACACAGAUGACCAUGUCAGCUUCCAGCCCUACAUAGUGGCCCCCUAUUUCCUGCAGAGGGAGCACCAGACCCCGGGGCACUACGAGGCAGGGGUCCAGGUCGAAGGCUGUCCUGCUUGGGACUCUUCAGACAGAAGCUGGGCCAGCUCUGCUGGCUCCUCCGUCUUGGAUGAGGCCGGGACCUCUGGCUACUUGGCCAAGAGGGCGCCUGGCCGAGGGCUGGAGAGGAACAGGAGUCAGGAGCCUCUCCCACUCCCCGAGUUCUCCGAGGACUUGGGUUCCCUGGAGGAGCUCCAGAGAGCUGACAUCUCCUCCUGGGCCAGCUGGGGCUCCUCGUCAUCAAGGCUGAAUCUCGUUCCUGGGGAGCCUCCAGUUUCUCUUCGGACACUGACCUUCUGCUGGGACUGCAGCACUGAGGAGGAGGAGGACGAGGAGGAGGACGAGGAGGAGGACGAGGAGGAAGAGGAUGUGAGGGAAUCAGAAAUUGAGGACAGCGGUGCUGGCAGCUGGGGGACUGACAGCCUCCAGGGGACCAAAGCCAGGAGUAGGGCACUGGGGCAGUACAUGGCCAGGUGAGCUGGCCCCCAGCUUCCUGCCGAAUCUGGUGCUACUGAGCUUCCCAAGGCCACUGGACUUGAAAGCCUGGGAGCAUCGUCCUGGGGUGGCGGAGUACUCUUCAGCGCUUCCAGAACCCCAGCUAGAGGCUGUUUGUUGGUCAGGUUGAGUGGCAAGAAGCCACCCCGUCCUAUGACCCACCAGCUGAGCUCC